AUGGUGAAAGAGAUCAAAGAAUUCGGUCCUUGGUCUGAGCAGACGAGUUCUUCAGGGAGGAAAUAUUUCUAUAACCGCGAUACUGAGGUGUCUCAAUGGGAAAAACCUAAAGAGUGGCGAGAGUACGAGCAACGACUUGCCGAACAGGAGCGAUUAGCAGUCGAGCAAGAGCGGCUACAACAACAAGUGCAACAACAACAGCAACACCAACAACAGCAGCAUGCAGUCGUACCUCCACCACCGAUGUUUAUGACCCCACCACCGUUCGCGUUUCCUCCUCCAUUUGCACCUCCUGGUUUCGCAGUAGGACCAAUGAAUGCGCCACCUCCUCCCUUUCCCCCGUAUAAUCAGUUUCAAACGCCUCCAAAUCUUCCAUAUCCUAUUCCUCCUAGGAUCAAUCCAACGAUCAAUCCACCAAUCAAUACUUCAUUCCUCCCGCCUCAUCCUCCUCAUCCACCAGCAGCACCUUCUCCCCGUAUGACGCAAAGUAUACCACCGUCAUUGAUACCGCCCAUAGUGAAUGUCUCAACAAUCCCACCUUCCCCACAUGUGAAUGCACACUUUUCACCGAUUCAGUACAGCGCUCCACCUCCGACUACAGUCCCACCUCCUGCAUUCACCUCAGUGCCACAACUGGGCUCGACUGCACCUCAUUUCGAUGGUCUUCCUGUUCAUGCCAAGGCGCAACCUCCUCGAGUGCAGCAAACAUCACAAACGUCGCAACAGUCUUCGCAACCACAACAUCAUCAUACCAUGUCACAUUCAACACCGUCCUUCUCCAGAGAUCGAGGUCACGUUGAAAAGUCACCGCGAACUACAGCAACACCGCCGUCAACUCAUUCACAUCAAAGACAUGGAAAUGCUCCAGCUCAGGUUUCACAUCAGCAAACCCUGAGUUCACAAGUGAAGGCUGAACCAGUAGACACGAAAACAAUUAAAAAAGAGCGAGAUAAAGGUGAUGAGCCCAACGAAAAGGUUACUACGGGAAGAGAUCGUCCUUCUACGGAGACAUCUGCUCAAGCUGGCCCUACGAAGAGGGAACGGACGAACAGCGAUGAUGAGGAGAACGCAUCACCAUCUCCGGCCACAGACGAAAGCGAGAAGCCACCAGCCAAGAAGCCGAAAGAAGAAGAUGCAGCUACGUCAUGGCGCACUUUCUAUAAUGCAGAACUAGCGCGGCAGAAGGAAGCUGAACUGAACUUGGACAUCGAUCCGGAAAUGCGAGACCUCGUGGCUCAGUCGCUCACGUUGGAGAAUAAAUUAGUUGCGGAACUUAUAAAAAUGAAAACGGCUGCUGCACUCGUUGCUGUGCAAGAAAACGAAGUUUGUAUAUGCAAUGCGAAGAUCCAAAGUUUGAGGGAGAUGCGAAAUGAUCUAGAAAACAGACAGUCCCGUCUUAUGGCACCAGCUGUUGUCACAAUGCCUGAUCUCAAUUCGAGAGCGUGA